AUGGUUGAUAGAUCAAAAUUCAAAUGCUUCAACUGUGGUCUAGCUGGACAUUUCUCUAAUGAGUGCAGAAGACCUUCUGUUGAGAAGAGAUCUUCUUCUGAAAAUGUAGAUUAUAGAAGGAAAUAUUUUGAUCUACUCAAGCAGAACAAAGAAAAGGCAUUCAUAACUGAGGAUGGGACUAAUGAUUUGAUUGCUGAAAGAAAUGGAAAGCUUGGGACUGAAUUAAUCCAAUUGGAUAAAUUUAAAAAGUCUUCUGAGCUUGCUAAAGAUGAGUUGUUGGCUAUUCUAAAAAGAGAAGAAAUUGUCAAAAAGCAAUUGGAAAGGGAACAAGAGAUAAUAGCUAAGUGGAAAGAUUCCAGAAAUGUUCUUGAGAACAUGUAUAGUCCAUCAACGGAUGGAAGCUAUCCAUCGAAGAAUCGGACAGCAGUUGAUGAAGAAAAACUCAAAAAGCUUGACAAGAAAUAUGGGCCCAUCAAUAAAAAUUUUGUGAAAGAAUCUGGUAGUUCUAAGAAGAUUGAGAAAGAAGGGAUUGGUCACAGUGCAGAAAGGGUGGAGGCUGGAAAAGGAAAGAAGAAGCGCUCUAGGAAUGGCAAUGUUGGGAUCAAUAAAAGGAAUGAUUAUACACCUAAUAAAAAUGCUGUUAUAAAAACUUGCUCUAAGUGUGGUAGUGUUAAUCAUCUUGCUAUUCACUGCGAAACUGUUUUAUCUGAUCAUUGCAUGCCUAGUCCUAUGAUGAAUGCUCACAUGCCUAUGUUUCCAAAUGCCCCCAUUCAAUAUGCUAACAUGCAAUUCAUGCCUAAUCCAUAUUUUGGUGCAUUUUACUUGCCUACUAUACCUAUUCACAAUGAUAACAUGAAUCAUGUCAUUGUCAAUCAAUUCCCUUUGAAUUCUACCAUUGUUGGUUCUUCUAAUUCUGUUGUGCUGCCUAAAGUUAAGAAGAAUAAUUCUGAGGAUGAAGUUGUUUCAAAACCUUCUAUAUCCAAACAAAACAAUGCUUUUAAAACAAAGGGAGGAAGAAAGAAUCUUUGGUACCUGGAUAGUGGUUGCUCAAGGCACAUGACUGGACAUUGUACCCUGCUCAGCAAAUUUGAGGAAAGAGCUUGCCCAAUAAUUACCUUUGGAGAUGACAACAAAGAAUUUACUCUUGGACAUGGCUUGAUUUCAAAAGGAAAUGUUUUCAUUGAUAAUGUUGCAUUAGUUAAAGGUCUUAAGCACAAUUUGCUUAGUAUUAGUCAACUAUGUGACAGAGGACAACAAGUUUGGUUCUCAACAGAAGCCUGUGUUAUUUCUGACAAGAAGGAUAACAAAGUGGUGCUAACUGGAAACAGGAAGGGAAAUGUCUACAUAGAUGACUUCAAUUCUAUUAAUGCAGAAUCAAUCACUUGCUUAUUCAGCAAAGCAAGUUUGGAUGAUAGUUUGCUAUGGCACAAGAUAUUGUCCCACUUAAAUUUCAAGACCAUGAAUGAUCUUGUGAGAAAAGAUCUUGUUAGAGGACUGCAAAAAUUGGAAUUUUCCAAGAUUGGCCUAUGUGAUGCUUUUCAGAUUGGAAAGCAAAGAAAGUCCUCUUUCAAAAGCAAAUUGAAAUCCUCAAUUGAUAGACCGUACCUCUACAACUUCUGUUAG